AUGGCGUCGAGGGGAGUAAUGCUAUACCUUACCGUCAGCUUAUUAUGUUUGGAUUACUGCCUCACAAACACACUAUUAAUACCAUACGGCCAAAGAUUAGACGAUGAAGUCAUCCUAACUCCCCUAAAGCGGCCAUUUUGUAAUGCCUUUACAGGUUGCGGCCGCAAAAGAUCCGAUUUAACUCCAGCGAUGUCUUCCAGAGAAAUGUUCACGCGAAGACAGUUCGCAGAUAAAGCAGCUUAUGAUUCUGAGAACGUCAUUGAGCUCACAAGAAAAAUUAUGACCGGAGCAAAAUUAUGGGAAGCCCUUCAAGACGCAAGCGCAGAACUAUCGAGGCGGAAACAAAAAUCUUACUAUUAAUAAUACUUUAAGCUGGCUGGUUAUAACAAAUUAUGGCGUGAUGGACUAGUUUUAAGCUCUUUGUAGUAUUGUUAUGUUGAUAAUUAAUUAAUAUUCCUAAUUUUAAGCUGAAUAAAAUUUUAUCUUUAAUUCUAAGCGCUAAACUCAAGAACGGCUGAACCAAUUCUGCAAUUUUUUUUAAGUUUUUCAUAAUAUUUUGCAUAAGGUUCUUAAGUGAUUAAAAUUUAAGAAAAUAAAUAGAAAACUGGUAAAUUUAUAAUUUUACACGCUUGUCAAUUCGCAAAAGAGAACACACUCGGUUCGACUUGUUUUAUAUAUUUUGUUGUAAGUUAACACAGCCACGAUUUAUCCGUUGAUAAACAUAUGAAAACA